AUGUCUUCCUCCUCAUCAAGCCACGAGGACGAGCGACGUGCUGAAGAAUUUUCCAAUCUUGUACAACAAUUUAACCAAAUUGUUCAAGAUAUUGGUGAUCCAGAAGAGCAACCUCGUCGUCGGCGACGAAGCGCGCAGAAGAAGGCUUUCAUUCGUCGGGACCGUGAAGCCGGCGCUGUAUGUUUGCACGCGGAUAACUUUGAUGAAAAUCCGAUCUACCCCGACAACAUCUUCCGCCGUCGUUUUCGGAUGCGUCAUGCGUUGUUUUUGCGCAUCGUUAAUGCCGUCGCCUCCGAUUCAUACUUCCAACAACGCACGGAUGCACUUGGGAGGCCCGGCUUCGCGCCAUUGCAAAAAUACACUGUCGCUGUUCGUAUGCUAGCUAACGGUGGGGCAACGGACCAAUACGACGAGUAUCUCCGGAUUGCAGAGCCCACAGCGUUGGACUGCUUGCGCAGAUUCAGUCGAGCCAUUAUUCAACUCUUCGGCGCGGAGUACUUGAGGAGGCCGACUUCCGCUGACUGCCAACGGCUUCUAGCAAUGCACGAAGCGAAGCACGGCUUCCCGGGAAUGCUAGGGAGCCUUGAUUGCAUGCAUUGGGCGUGGAAGAAUUGUCCAACGGCAUGGCAAGGCGCAUACACUCGCGGCGAUCAGGGGGAACCGACCAUCAUCCUCGAAGCCGUCGCCUCGCAAGAUCUAUGGAUCUGGCAUGCUUUUUUUGGGACUCCUGGUUCGAACAACGACAUCAACGUGCUCAACAACUCGACGUUGUUCAACGAUCGACUGCAAGGAAUGGGGGUGCCGGUCACAUAUCAAGUCAAUGAUGCCUACUAUACAAGUGGGUACUACUUGACUGACGGCAUCUAUCCCAAUUGGCCUGUAUUCGUGAAGAGUCCUACACAUCCGACGGAUCCGAAGGGGAAGAGGUUCAAAGUGAUGCAGGAAGCGGCUCGCAAGGAUAUUGAACGAGCCUUCGACGUCCUUCAAGCUCGUUGGGCAAUCGUCAAAGACCCUGCGCGUCUUUGGAGCAAGGAGGCGAUGAGCGACAUCAUGUUCACGUGCAUCAUUUUGCACAACAUGAUCAUCGAAGACGAAGGCGAGCAAGCAACACAGUGGGAAGAAGACGCCGACGAAGCUUCGAGUAGCGCCGCAUCUCAACCUCGUACCGGUGCUCCGUCGGAUUUUCGUGCAUUUGUUGCACGACAAGCAUCCAUGCGAGACGCGGAGAUGCAUGCUCACCUCACUUUGGACUUGAAGGAGCACAUUUGGUCUCUGGGCCCUCCUAAUCACCGGACGAAAAGAAGUGUCAUCGGCAAUAACAUAGAGGUAGCUGCAUUUUCAGGAGAAAGGGGCGAGGCAUAG